AUGUGCGAGUUUGUAGCAAGUUUAAUCAUCCUUCAUCUGUCUGGAGCAACGAAGAAAGGAACAGAAAAGCAAACCACCUCAGAAACUCAGAAGUCAGUGCAGUGUGGAACAUGGACAAAGCAUGCAGAGGGAGGAGUCUUCACCUCUCCCAACUACCCUAGCAAGUACCCCCCUGACCGGGAGUGCGUGUACAUCAUAGAAGCCGCCCCAAGGCAGUGCAUUGAACUUUACUUUGAUGAAAAAUACUCUAUUGAGCCAUCCUGGGAAUGUAAAUUUGAUCACAUUGAAGUUCGGGAUGGACCCUUUGGCUUUUCUCCAAUAAUUGGACGAUUCUGUGGACAGCAAAACCCACCUGUCAUCAAAUCGAGUGGAAGAUUCCUGUGGGUUAAAUUUUUUGCUGAUGGAGAGCUGGAGUCUAUGGGAUUCUCAGCUAGAUACAAUUUCACACCUGAUCCUGACUUUAAGGACCUUGGAGUUUUGAAACCAUUACCAGUGUGUGAGUUUGAGAUGGGCGGCUCUGAAGGCAUUGUGGAGUCCGUACAAAUUCUCAAAGAAGGCAAAGCUACUGCCAGCGAGGCCGUGGACUGCAAGUGGUACAUCAGAGCUCCUCCACGAUCCAAGAUUUACUUACGGUUCUUGGACUAUGAGAUGCAGAAUUCGAACGAGUGCAAGAGGAAUUUCGUGGCGGUGUACGACGGCAGCAGCUCGGUGGAGGACCUGAGGGCCAAGUUCUGCAGCACGGUGGCCAACGACGUGAUGCUGCGCACGGGGCUGGGCGUGGUGCGCAUGUGGGCCGACGAGGGCAGCCGCAACAGCCGCUUCCAGAUGCUCUUCACCUCCUUCCAAGAACCUCCUUGCGAGGGCAAUACCUUCUUCUGCCACAGCAACAUGUGCAUCAACAACACGCUGGUGUGCAACGGGCUCCAGAACUGUGUGUAUCCGUGGGAUGAAAACCACUGUAAAGAAAAGAGGAAAACCAGCCUGCUGGACCAGCUCACCAACACCAGUGGGACUGUCAUUGGCGUGACUUCCUGCAUUGUGAUCAUCCUUAUUAUCAUUUCUGUCAUUGUCCAGAUCAAACAGCCUCGUAAAAAGUACGUCCCAAGGAAGUCAGACUUUGAGCAGACCGUUUUCCAGGAGGUGUUUGAGCCUCCUCACUAUGAGCUAUGCACUCUCAGAGGGACAGGAGCGACAGCGGACUUUGCAGAUGGAGCGGAUGACUUUGACAGUUACCACAAGCUGCGGAGGUCAUCGUCCAAAUGCAUUCACGACCAUCACUGUGGAUCCCAGCUGUCCAGCGCUAAGGGCAGCCGCAGCAACCUCAGCACAAGAGACGCUCCCAUCUUGACGGAGAUGCCCACCCAGCCCGCCAAGCCCCUCCUCCCACCCGUGAACAGGAGAAACAUCCUUGUCAUGAAACACAACUACUCCCAGGACCCCGCAGAUGCCUGCGACGUGGACGAGAUCGAGGAGGUGCCCACCACCAGCCACAGGCUGUCCAGGCACGACAAAGCCGUGCAGCGGUUCUGCCUCAUUGGGUCUCUAAGCAAACACGAGUCUGAAUACAACACCACGCGGGUCUAAAAAGAAAACAAGAAAGAACUCUUUGUACAAACAUGGGGACUGUGAAAAGAAAAUUCUAUAGUGAAUUGUGAAAAGUGGACACAUUUCUAAAUUCAUUCCACUGCCUUUAUUCAAACUUAAGAAUUACAGACCUUUGUUAAUUCUCCGGCGAGACAUCCCCGUUGAAAAUGACAUGUCAUUUCGUAAUUUGGUUGCUGGCCACCAAGUGCUCCUUAGUUUUUAAAUACAUUGGGAGGUUUACUGGAAACUUGAAGAAGAAAUGAAUUCCUGAUUAAGACUAUCUCGAGUUUAUUUUCUAUUGUCAGUUUUACUUUUGUUUCUAUGUUGUUUAUGUCUUUGUUACAUAAUUGUACAUCAUGUGAUCUGUGAGAGAGAAAAAAACACACCACAAAAUUUCUGAUGAACCUUGUGUUACCUGUUUUCACUCUGGACUGCUUGAGAAUAGUGAGCGUUCUUGGGUGAUUUUGAAUGUGCAACCAUGAAAAGUGACCAUGUGGAUCACGGAGACACCAACCAGAGGUUUUAUGGACUAUACCCAUGUAAUGCUGUGUGAUUAAACAGAGUGGAAAGCAAUGAGUAAAAUCACUAGAUUGCAAUAAGAAAAAAGCAUCUCAUUCUUUUGGUCUUUCUUAUAGACCCCAUUCCUUUUUUUUUUCAUCAAAGGAAGAUAUUGAGUUUCAGAACAGGUUCUUUUCUCUUUUCUUUCUUCUUUUUGAAAUUAGAUAUUUUACCACUCCUCCUCUACAAUAGAAAUGUCUUUGAUUAAGCACUUAGCAAUAUGACAGUUUGAGAAAAUACCCUGCAUGUCAAUACUGGAUAAUUGAGUUGGGGAAAUAUCCUCUUUGUCAGACACAUUGUAAAAAAGCAUGCAUUCUCAAAAUAUCACUGUUACUCUCCCAUUUCUUUGUGCCAUA